UAGUACACGAAUUGAUAGGCAAUAACUUAUCAUAGCAAUUGCACAUUUCUACUGAUUCUAUCUUAAGCACUGCAUUGGGUGAUGAAAAUAGAAUUGUUAAUAAUUUUAAGUAUAGGGACAGACGAGUAAGCACAUGGCUAGCUGUUUGUUUUGUUUGUGUGUCUAUCUGUUUGUUUGUCUGUCUAUUUAUUUGUGUGUCUGUUUGUUUGUGUGUCUGUCUGUCUGUGUCUAUCUUUUUAUCUGUCAGUUUGUUAGUUUGUCUCUGGGUGUGGGUGUGUCUGUCUGUCUGUUUGUCUGUGUGUCCAAAAUUUGUUCUAAAGUUCUCAGAAUUGUGUGGCAGCAUUUUUGAGACUGGGUAUCCUUUACCAUAGUCCCAGAUUGUUAUGAAGUGUGAUUGUGGUACAAGCCUUGAUGAACAUGGUUAUCAUCUAUUGACCUGCAUGUUUGGCGGUGGCCCAGUAUGGCAACACAAUACAAUCGUGUCAACUUGGGCUAAAUGUUUAGACGAGUUAAACAUUCCUCAUCAAGUUGAGCCAAGAAAUAGGUAUACUGACUCUGAGAACAGGCCGGAUAUAACAACAUAUGAUCCUACUGGACACUUGACAAAAGACCUGGAUAUUUCACUUGCUCAUCCUCAUUCUUAUGACACCGUGCAAUCAGCUGCCAAAAUAUCAGGUUAUGCAGCUGAGUUGAGAGAAAAACGUAAAAUGACAAAAUAUGGUCAACAGCAAUCUAUAGCAGGAUCUGAUACAACAUGUAUUCCACUGGUUUUUGAACACUUUGGCUUUUAAUUGGAGCCCUAUGGCUGAAGACUAUCUCG